AUGAGAGUGCAACUGCUGGCGCUACUUACGAGUAGCCUGGCGACUCUGGCGUGUGCGAGAACACCUGCGUCUGCGCCGGUGAAGGACCGGCUUGGGAAGAGGCAAUGGGCGUAUGAUGCGCAUACGAUCGAUCAGCCGAUUGAUCAUUUCCCGCAUAGCGAUCGCUAUGUACCGCAUACGAAUGAGACGUUUAAACAGAGAUACUUUUUCGACAAGUCGUAUUAUAAGCCUGGUGGUCCGGUUUUCUUGUAUCUCGGUGGAGAGACGUGGGGGGAGUGGCAGCUUGAGAAUUUACAGACGGGAAUUAUACAGAUUUUGAUGAAAAAGUUCAAUGGGCUUGGUGUUGUGCUUGAGAAUCGGUAUUAUGGGUACAGUUUCCCAUACAACACGACUACCACGGAUGAAUUGAGAUUUUUGACUACUGAGCAGACUAUUGCCGACAAUGAGUACUUUAGACAGCACGUCAAGUUUCCAGGCGUUGAUGCGGACCUGAGCAGUCCCGAUACACCAUGGGUCAUGUACGGUGGCUCUCUUGCCGGCUCACAGGUAGCCUUCACGAUGAAAAUGUACAACGACAUCUUUGCCGGCGGUAUCGGUAGCAGUGCCACCAUCACGGUCCAACUCGAAUAUCCCAACUGGUACAAGCCACUGAUGAAGUUUGGCCCUUCAGACUGCAUUUCCCGCAUCAUCUCCAUAAUCGACAAGAUGGACGCCCUAAUCGAGAGCGGCAACACAGCCGCCAUCCAACAACUCAAAGACAUCUUCGGCCUCGGCUCCCUCUCCAGUCUCCAGGACUUCGCCUCAACCAUCGCCUUUCCCCUCGGCGGUCCCAUAUCCUAUCCAACAAACACCUGGCAAGAGCUCAACUGGUUCCCCCGUGACGGCUCCGACGACUUCUGGCACUUUUGCUCAAAUAUCACAAACCCCAACCCCCCAGCCUCCCAACUCGCCACCGACACAGCCCUCUCCGCCCACUCCAACGGCGAGCCUUGGACCGGCCUCGGCAACUACGCGGCCUACAUAAAAACCGUCGUCCUCCCCCUCUGCACCACCGGCCGCAUCAACAGCACAGACGACGGCUGCUUCAGCACCCAAAACGCGACUUUCUACGCCGACCCCACAAACACAAACACCCGCUCCUACCUCUACUCCACAUGUACGGAAAUCGCCUCUUAUCAAACCGCGCCCCGCACCGGUCCCUCCCUCAUCUCCCGCGUCCUCGACAUCUCCUACAACCAAGCCUGGUGCAACCAAUCCUUCCCCCCAGGAUCCCACUCGCGCAUCCCCGCUCUCCCGGAAAUCCAGUACAACAACGUCUACGGCUCCUCCAACAUGCGCGUUAAGAACCUGGCGUUUAUUGAUGGCGCGGCGGACGUGUGGCUCGAUCAGUGCUACCAUUCUACAUUGCUGGAUGGGGUAAGGAUCAGCAGUGAUGAUUAUCCGAGUUAUCUGAUUGUCGAUGGGGGGCAUAUGUGGGAUGGCGAGGGGAUUGGGGAUGUGGAGAAGGAACCGCAGUUUAUGCGUGAGGCGCAUUUGUGGGAGAUGAGAACUGUGGGGAGGUUUUUGGAGAGGUGGAGGGGGAAGAAGAGUGGGUGA